AUGUCUCCAGCACGUGUUAGCUACCUUGUUUGUAUUGGGAAGGGCUUUUUACAACGUUCUCCUCCAUCCGCUAUCCAAGAUCCCAGGGCCCAAACUCUGCUCAGCAACCGAUUUCAUAGUAGCCUACCAUUUCCUCAGCGGCCGAUACCCCUUCUACAUCAACUCUUGGCGCGACAUUAUGGCCACUCAUAUAGCCGAAAGCGUUUUCCAAAAUCCCAUUUCUACGCGUUCGGGACGCGGCACUUGAUCUGUGAACGGGAUCCGCAGAAGCACUCUGAGAUGAAACUGAAGCUUUCGCACGGGUUUUCGGCGAAGGCUUUGCUGGAGCAGGAGGAUAUUGUUCAGGGUUAUGUGGAUAAGUUGAUCGGGCAGAUUAACGUGUACGCGACGGGACCGCAGGGGGAUGAAAUGGUGAAGUGGUAUAAUUUCUUCACAUUUGAUUUGAUCGGGGAUCUGGCUUUCGGGCAGUCGUUUGGGAGUUUGAAUGAUGCAAAACCACACUUUUGGGUUAGUUUGCUUCUCGGGAAUGUUAGGGAAAUUGCCUGGUGGAGUGUUUCUCGGUGGUUCCCUCUGUUCGAAAAUUUGGGUGUCUGGAACCCGCCGAAGAGUGCCAUGGAGAUGAGGAUCAAGCAUAGCGAAUACAGCCGGAAGAUGAUCAUUCAGCAUGACUGUCCCCGAAUUAUCUGGCCAGGCCAGCACAAUCAUGUACCAUCACUACCCAUUAGCAUUCUGCUAAGGUGCGUUACCCUAGCUAACCUGCCACCCCAACGGCACUGCCGGUUCCGAAACCACGGCAACCUUCCUCUCGGGCACAACCUACCACCUCCUAAAAAACCCCCGCGUAUACAACCUCCUCGUUGGAGAAAUCCGCUCAGCAUACAAGACAUAUGGGGAAUCACGGACACCAACGCAGCGAAACUAAAGUACCUUUCUGCCAUCAUCGACGAGGGAUUACGCAUAUACCCACCCGUUGCGAUCGGAACGUACCGCGAGAGCCCCGGGGAAACGGUCGAUGAGAUAUAUAUCCCCAAAGGAGUCGAACUAUCAGCAAGCCCCUGGUCCACCUGCCGCUCCACAGAGAACUUCCACGACCCAGAGGAAUUCAAGCCAGAACGAUGGCUGGAUCCUGACUGUAUGGAUAAGCACGCUAGCUAG